UGCGUCUCACCUCUAAUUUCAUUAGGGUUAAAAAAAACAAGUUUGUACUUGACAAGUACGGCGUAUAUCAUAUCACAUCCACGGCGAAGAACGCAAGACCCCGCCACUCGAACGUCCGAUGCAGAGGCGAUCCGCAGGAUUGAACCCGGAAUCCGGUGGAGUCCCGGCGAGGAUGUGAUGUGCGCACUGGCCCGUCUCCGCUGGUCGAUAUAAACUCGUGCCCCCGUCUUUUCGCCGCCUUCCCGCUGUCCACCGCCCGCCUCAUCCCCAUCCGCCGAUCCCCAAUCCUCCAAAGAGUCGAGAACUUCGCCUGGAGAAUCAGUCGUCACUGUGGAGCACGAGUUGUGGCACCUGGAAACCCGGAAGUCCUGGCCAGAAUCCGAAGAACCAGCAAGAUAUCAGGUGUCUUGGCACAAAAUCUGUCACUAAGUUAUCCUGGUAAUAUAUUUGGAGAUCCAGGUAUACCACACAGUAAAACAGAAGUAUAUAUUUAUAUCAGGAACCCAUGGAACAUUGGUAGAAACCUGAAACUGAAGAAGCUCAGCAAGUUAUCAGGGAAACCAGAAAUGUUGGCAAUCAACCUGUGAACUUAUCUUGGGACAUACCUCUGUUACCCCAAAAAGAAACCCCAGACAUCUUGGCUAAGAAGCCUGUAUUUAGUCAAUCCUUAGAAAAGAACCAGUAAUCUGGGCAAACAAUUCUUGGAAUGAAGUUGUAAACCAUAAACUAAGGAAUCUAAAAACAAACCAGAAGCUAAGAUAUACAAGGAUGAUACCGGAAAUGGCCUAAAACCUACAACUAAGCAAUAUAUAAAGGAAGUCUGAAGCCAGUUAAGUCUUCAAAAAUAACUUAAUAUUAAGACAUCGAAGAAAGGAACCAGUGACCAAGAAAUCUUGGUAAACUGAGGAAUCUUGAUUAACAACACUAAAGGAACCUGAAAAUACAGCCUAAAACGGAGGUAUCUAAAGAAUAAAUCUUCAAUCCUGAAAGCUGAAAAUCAGGAAGCUGCAUCUGAAAACAAAGGCAGGAUUCUCAGGAUCCCAGGGAGAUGGCCACCGCAUCGGUGGACGCACUGCAGGCAGCCUAUGUGGACUUCAGCGAGCUAACACUCAGAGAGAAAGUCGGCCAUGGGUCCUAUGGAGUUGUCUGCAAGGCCGUCUGGCGCGAUAAGCUGGUGGCCGUCAAGGAGUUCUUCGCCAGCGCCGAGCAGAAGGACAUCGAGAAGGAGGUGAAGCAGCUGUCGCGCGUGAAGCACGUGAACAUCAUCGCCCUGCACGGGAUAUCGUCGUACCAGCAGGCCACCUACCUGAUCAUGGAGUACGCCGAAGGUGGCUCGCUCCACAACUUCCUCCACGGCAAGGUGAAGCCGGCCUACUCCCUGGCCCACGCCAUGAGUUGGGCGCGCCAAUGUGCGGAGGGCCUGGCCUAUUUGCAUGCCAUGACGCCGAAGCCUCUGAUCCACCGUGAUGUGAAGCCGCUGAACCUGCUGCUGACCAACAAGGGGCGCAAUCUGAAGAUCUGCGAUUUCGGCACUGUGGCCGACAAGUCCACCAUGAUGACGAACAAUCGGGGCAGUGCCGCUUGGAUGGCUCCCGAGGUCUUCGAGGGCUCCAAGUACACGGAGAAAUGUGACAUCUUCAGCUGGGCCAUUGUGCUGUGGGAGGUUCUGUCUAGGAAGCAGCCCUUCAAGGGCAUCGACAAUGCCUACACCAUCCAGUGGAAGAUCUACAAGGGCGAACGUCCACCGCUGCUGACGACCUGCCCCAAGCGCAUUGAGGACCUGAUGACCGCCUGCUGGAAAACGGCGCCCGAGGAUCGCCCCUCGAUGCAGUACAUUGUGGGCGUCAUGCACGAGAUCGUGAAAGACUAUAUCGGGGCGGACAAGGCCCUGGAAUACCAGUUUGUUAAUCAACAGAUUGUCACCAAAGAGAGCGACGGCACGGUGGCCGCUCAAUCGGAUAGCCUCAGUUCGCUGGAGGAGGAACUGAGCCCCUCGUCCACACAGUUAACACCGACAACGGCGGCGAACGCCAAUGUGAACGCGAUAGCAAUAACAGAAACAACGACUAGCUCAAUGACCGAAAAUACCUCAUCAACAUCAUCGGACAUCACGCCGACGAAUUCGGGCCAACUUGACAAUAAUCCGCUAUUCCAUAUGAGCAGCAAUCGCUGGGACGCGAUUCCCGAGGAGGAUAGCAACGAGAGCCGCAACGAUAGCUUCAACCUCACCUCGUCGGCGGAGGCCACUCAGCGCCUCGAGACGAUCCGGAACGGGAUGAUCCAGAUGGCCAGCCAGCCCAUGGAGCAGCUCACCCUAGACGUGGAGGCGAAUGGCUUCGAUCUGAGUCGCAGUGAGAGCAGCAGCAGCAGCACGCACGCUAAAAGCGAUGGCCGCGAGCGACUCACGGUGACGGACACCAAGCCGGUGAUCAUGACCACGGAUCUGACCAACAACAACGGCUGCCACGCCCACCUGAACGGGCUGCUGAGUCAUGCGAAUGGGCGGCAAUCGGGGGAUGAGGAGCUGCAUGAUCCGGAUCGGGAGAUCGCCGACUCACUAGACGUGGCUGUGGAUCCCGACGAGGAUGAAAACGACGGCACCGAGCAAUCGCUGGCCGAGAUCCUCGAUCCGGAACUGCAGCCGGAGCCACCGAUUCCCAACGAUGCCGAGUCGCAGCUGAUCUACCGGGAGCACCGACACAUGGCCAAGGAGUACCUCAGCGUCGACACGAACCUCUACUACGCGCAGGACUUCAAGGAGAAGCUCAUCGUCCAGAUGGAUCGCACCGAGCGCGAACAGAAACAGGAACUGCUGCGCAAGAUCAAGGACAAGGAGGGCCUGCAGAGUCUGUACAACAAUCUACAGCAGCAGUAUGAGAGGCUCCCUGCUUCGCGCCAACUUUCAGCCGGCCAUCAUCCCCAUCCGCACACACAUCCUCAUCCGCAUCAUCACCCACAUCCGCAUCCCCAUGCGCAUCCGCAUCUGCACGGCCAGCAGGAGGAGGGCGGUGGACUGCUGCCCGGAUCGGUGACCGGAGGCUCCGAUUCCGUGGAAACGGACGGCUGGGUGGUCAUCCAGCCGCAUACCAAUGCGUAGUCUCCCCAUCCGGAUCGGCUCUCUAUAUGUUUUAGGCUAGUGCUGUAAUCUGUAAUCUUUAAUCUGUAAUCCGUAAUCCGUAAUCUGUAAUCCGUAAUCGGUAUCUGUAUCUGUAUCGUUAACCAUAGCAUUGUGUUUAUUUCUAUUUCGGAUGCGUUUGUUCGUUUUAAGCUAUUUUUUUUAUUUAAGUCUAAGCGUUUUUAGUCUGUGUUUCUUUUAAUUGAGCAAACACCUAUUUUCACCCAUAAGCAUUCUUUGGAACAUAAUUUAGAUUUUAAUUGUACUAUAAAGCUUAUAUACACACAUACUUAGCAUAUAACAUAUAUAUCUGUCCGAGGAAGCUGACAAGGAGUAGACCAAAAAAAUAUAAAAACCAUCGAAAGCAACGACAAAA